GCGGAAUCUUCGGUGGUAGUCGCUACUUCAAGGUUGUUGCGAACUUAUAUGAUUACCAAUGUCUCAGUGUUCCUUGUGGAGUAGUAGCACCUUAAAGGUGAUUAAUCUAUAAGAAGCUAUCAUAUCAUCUGAGUCAGGCAGUCAUGUCUAAUGGUUAAAAUCCUUUGCAUUUAUGCCUAUUAAACUAUUGUCACCUGGGAUUUACUUCGAAGUCAAUUGAAAUUCAUCGAUGUCUGUUGAUGAACAAUCGUUUCCUUCUCCACCAGAAGAUGACAUCGUUGACAUAUUUAUACGUUGGUUUUUAAUUUUAGCUGCUAUUAUCCAACUUAUUUUCUUGUUUUCUGCUGUAUUUUUUUCUAGAAAUACUGCAUCUAGUCAUACACGUGUUGUAAUAAAUCGUUCUAAUAACUUGAAAAAGGCUAAGAAGCAAUAGUAGAAUUGUAGUUAAAAAUAAUCAUCUAACUUCCAUGUUGAAUAUGAUGCUUAUAUUAUACUUCUAGUCAUUAUCUUUUCCUCAAUGAAUAAUCACUCAACUUUUCAGUAAAUUUCUCCCCUGUGAACUAUGUUUUUCCUCUUUUUCUCUCGUUCUCACAAAGUGUUUUAUUUGAGUCUAGCUUAUUUACCUUGUGUUACUUUGUCACAAUAGAACGAUAAUCAAGCUG